AUGUGCUCCAGCCUCAGUCAAGUAUCUUCUGGUGGCAGCAAAGUUAAGUCUGAAGCCUCAGAGAAAAUAGGCCCUCCACCAGUCCUCAAAGUUUCUGCUAUCUCCAUCAAGGAGGAACCUGAUUAUGGAAUUGAAGAUGUAGUCAUUAAAGAGGAACCAUUCUUAUAUGGAAAUGAGUUUGGCGAAGGUGGAUCAGCACCUGCUGCAGGGGACGCUGCUGCUGUUGCUGACAUAUCUGGAGCAUCCACCUCCAAGCAACACAACAGGCUUGGGUGUUCUCAGCAUGGAGUGGUUCCUGCAGGUGCAGGCCAACUGCAGCAGCACGUUCAUCUAGAACAUCCUGCUUCAGGACCCCACCGCUGCUCUAAAUACACCUCUAGUUCAGGAAUUGGACUACAGCGGCACAUUAAUGCUAUGCAUUCAACAGAAACAUCGUUUCAGUUCCCUAUCUGUGGUUGUUUAUUUUCCAGCUUUGUGUUCCUGGCAUUUUUAUUAGUCAAGUAUGGCUAUGGGGGCCACUUAUCGGUCAUUAUUGUUGUUGUUGUUCGUUGCGACCGUCACCUCGGCGGAGGGGAGGCUCUGGUGGUGGGCGGGGGGCAGGCACUGGAAGAGGGGGGAAAUGGGCGAAGGCAGGGAGGGUGGCCAGGAAAGCCGCUGCCUCCACUGGGCUGUCCCACAGUAAGGAGACGCUGA